AUGGAGCCAUCUACAUUCACGUUCCCCUUCGCCAGGUUCAGGUGCCCAAAUCCCGCCCCUCGACUCGCUGCAGCCCCUUCACUCCCAGUCCGACAAAGUGACAAGGUAGUGGUGCUGGGCCUCUGCACCUCCUUUACCAUGCGCCAGUUGCAAGGACGGAUGCAGCGGAUGCGCAGAACCAACAGGAUCCGCCGUUUCAACGUCUUUGCCACGGGCGCUCCCAGGAGAAAACUCUUGCGGCCAGAAACCAGCAUUGCCCAUGCCCCUCCUGUAGUGUCCGGCAAAAUCAAGCUUUGCCAAAACAUGUCAGAGCUGAUCGAGAGCUAUGAUGCUUUCAGCUUGGAUCAAUAUGGUGUGCUCCACGACGGGCGCGAGGCAUAUCCUGGCGCUGCAGAUUGCCUGGCGCAGAUCAAGGCGGCAGGCAAGCCUUGCGUGAUCCUGUCAAACUACGCUGGUCGAGCUGAUCGACAAAGGGACAAAUUGCCGCACAUAGGCUUUGACCCGGAACUGUUUGCUGGUGUUGUGACAUCGGGAGAACUGACUCACCGCUACUUGUCAAAGCAAGGCAAGCUGGGCAAGCGUGUUCUCUGGAUUGCUUGGUCUGAGAGAGAGCUGAGAGGCCUGAGCGACUUCUUCGAUGGGCUUGAAGGAUACACCUUGGCUUCCAGUGUGGAGGAGGCAGACUUUAUCCUGGUCUCUGGCGUCGAGAGCCGCUUUGCAGGGACACAGGCCGAAGAUGCCUGCGACUAUGAGCGCACUGGCAAUCAUCGGCUCUACCGGCCCCUUUUCCGGGCGGCGAUUCAGCGCAUGCUGCCGAUGAUUUGUGCCAAUCCAGAUCUGAGGGUAAUUCGUCCGGGAGGCUGGAGAGCAUACCUUGGAGGUGCUCUUGCACAGUAUUAUGAGCGGCUCGGGGGACAGGUCAUCUACUUUGGCAAGCCCCAUAGCUCAGCGUUUGAGGAGGCCCGACGGCAGCUGUGCGAGGCCGCAGCAGAGCUGCGGUGCAAGGAUGCUUUGCAGCUCGAGCUGGAUGAGGACUUCCGCAUUUGUCACGUUGGGGAUUCUUUGCAUCAUGACGUUCGAGGAGCUCUUUCAGUUGGCCUUGCUGCCGCCUUCGUAGCUCAAACAGGUCUCCAUGCUGAGGAGAUGGGAGAAGAACCUUUGACGCAGGAACGAAUCCUUGACCUAUGCAAGGAGUACAAGGUUCCAUUCCCGCAGGCAGCUGUCCCACGCUUUGUCUGGUGA